AUGUCGAGCAUGUUGAGAAUAUUGAGCAGAUUGAUCAAGCUGAGAAUACGUCCCAAGAGAAGAGUGACCCUGAAACACAGUUGUAGACGUCAGCAAUACCCCAUACACCAUUGCCAUGUACUUCAGAAGGUUUUUGAACUUCUUAGACAGGAAGGAAAUAAUCUUACAGGAUUUGAUCUUAACAAAUUGCCUGUAGUUGAGUUUGAUUAUUCAAGCAAGGAACCAAAUACCAUUCAGGUGCCCAGACAAUACACAUUUGCUUCUCUCUUAGACGAAGAUAAUCAUUUUGCUGAAGAACAAAUUCUUGCUGAUUUGAAAUUUACAUUUCCCAAGCUUGGACAAGCAAUGGAUGCAAAGUUUGGAAAAGUAGGCCCUAUGAGUGCAAAUAGGGUCGCUGAAGAAUAUGAUACAACAUCAAUUGUUCAACUUCAAUCUCUAAGGGAGAAACCUACACUUGCAGUUUCUAACCAAGUAAGUGAGAAUGUUGCUGCUCCAAAGAGAAAUCAAAAUAUGAACAUCUCAUUCAAAAAGCAACCAGAAGAAAUGUUGCGUGGAUAUGAACGCCCUUUAAAGAGGGUUAUUGAAAUUGGACAUCCUUCCUUAUUGAAAGAUCAAAAGGAUCGAAAGAGGAAAGGAACUUCUACUUCUGAGCCUUCUUCGAAAAAGACGAAACAGAGUGGAGAAGAAUCCGAUGUUUCACUUAAAUCCAUCAAAGUUGCUGAAAAAGCAAUUGUUUCUGAGAUUCGAAUUGAGAAGGAGAAGAAAAGAAAACAUGCUCAAAAAAAACCCAAAGAUUCUAGUGAGCAAAAUUCCGUCAAUCAUUCUCAAGAAAAUCUAGAUAAUGGUAACAAUGUAACUGAUGGAAAAGCUGUUGUGAAGGGCCCCAUAAAGAAAAAUCGAGGGCGUAAACAAGGCAAACCUAGUAGUACACAUUCAUGCGUUGGAGAUAAUGCGUCGAAGGGUGCUGAAGUUAGCAAUGCCGAAACGGGCAAGCAACAAACACCUCCUUCCACUUUUAACCAGUCAAUUAACCCCAUCUUUGAGGACAAUAUGAUAAUUGACUCUAGUCCUCCCAAAGAUGAUGAAGACCCAGAGAAAAUGCUUUCUGAACCUCCUCAAGAUUUGAAUGAUAAAAGUGUUGAAGAUGAUCAACAACACAUUGAUGAAGAAAAUGAAGGGGGUCCAUCUCUGGUCGAAAGUGGAAAAAGUAAAGAACCUCGUGGGUUGAACUCUGAAGAUGAUACAAAGCACACUGACACUGAUGGGGAAGGUCGUAAAGAAUAUGUCAAAGAAUCUAAAGAUGAAUCUAAACAAGAUUCUCCAAAGACAAAAUCUCCUACUCGAGUGACAAAUUCUACCAGUGUGACAAUAAGUCAAGAGGAGUUUGAUGUGCUGAAAGAACGUGACCCUUUUGAGGCCCUUGAUCUUAUGUUGGUUGGUAAUAUCCUCCCUUCAAAUACUGACACAGAGUCUUCGACUAGUGCUGCAAGUGAACUUUCAGAAAAUUAUAAGGCCGACUUGAUUGAAGAACUUCGUACCAGAGUAUUAGAGGUUGAUUUGUUCCAAGCAAUUGAACAAGAUGAAAGCAUCAUCCAUGGGAUUAAGAAUGUGCUCCACAGGCUUACCAAUUCUUCUCUUGAUCCCAAAUUUAUCAAAUUCUCUGUCGAAUUGGAGCCUAUCUUGGACCAAAUUGUUGUCGAUUUACACAUGAAGAAGGAUAGUCAAACUAAACUUGCAGACCAAAAUAAGUGUCGAGAUGAGCUCAUGGAUGAAAUCGAGGAAUCAAAGGAAAAGAUUUACAUAUUCAAAAGGGAAGUUCCAAAUGUCAAGAAGAAAGUGGAGGAGUACGACCUUGCCAUUUCCGAAUAUGAAAAGGCAAUUCAAGAAUUGAAGUCGAACAAGAAAUCCCUUUUGGAAAAAGAUGAACGGCUUAAAAAGGAAGCAAAUCUUACCAUCAGGAAGGUCGAAGAUUCAAAGCGGAAAAAUGCUGAAAUAGCAAAACUAAAAACUGAAGGAGACCUUCUUGAUGCUAAAUUGGCUCAUUCGAAGACUAAUCUCAACAAGCUCAAAACUGAGUUUAAGAUUUAG